UUCGGGCAAUGACAUUCCCCCAGUCAAAUCAACCCCCGCGCACUCCGUUCCCCUUGCGUUAAACUUUCAGACAAAACAUUAAAACUUUUCUCAACACGUGUUUUUAGUUAAAUAAUGGUAAAAACUAUCAAAUUCUAACUAUAAAGUGUUUAAAAGUGAAUAAAAAGUGUUUAAAACCCAGUUUGAAGGAUAAAAACAGUUGAUUUUUACGAAAAUGUCGGGAGCCAGUACUUCAACGAGUCCCCCUAUGGCUUCUAUAAGCGAUGUAAACACAUUAUUUCAAAAUGCAAAGAAAUAUGAAGAAUUAAAUGUAAUUGGAACAGGAGCCUACGGCACAGUAUACAAAGCGCGAGACCUCCACAAUGGAGGCAACAUAGUAGCUAUGAAGAAAGUGAAGGUGGCACUCACCGAGGAUGGGAUCCCUCUCUCCACACUCCGGGAGAUUGCACUACUGAGGCAGCUGGAGGCUUAUAGACAUCCUAAUAUUGUCAGACUCCUAGACGUCUGCCACGGCGGCCAAUCCCUGGAGCGCGACCAGCAGCUGGUACUGUUCCUGGUGUUUGAGCACGUGGACCAGGAUCUGGAGUCAUUCCUGAAGAGGUCACAGUCACCACUGUCUCAUGGAGUCAUCAGGAACAUGUCGUACGACAUUCUAUCAGGCAUAGACUUCCUCCACUCGCACCGCAUCGUGCACCGCGACCUGAAGCCGCACAAUCUGCUCGUCACCUGCUCGGGCCGGGUCAAGCUGGCUGACUUCGGCCUGGCCAAGACUUACGACACUGAUAUGAAGUUGACUAGUGUGGUGGUGACCCUGUGGUACCGCCCCCCGGAAGUCCUGCUAGGCACGAGCUACAACACGGCGGUGGACGUGUGGUCGGCGGCCUGCGUGCUAGCGCAGCUUCAUACCAGGAAACCCUUGCUGCCUGGAGCCUCCGACUCCGACCAACUGCAUUGUAUAUUCAGACUGAUAGGCAGACCGUCCCGGUCGGAGUGGCCGGACAACGUCUCCAUCAUGCUGGACAGCUUCCCCGAGUACCAGCCCCAGGACCUCGCUGAAGUCUUGCCUAGGAUACACUUUCAAGCACUAGAACUUAUUAAGGGCAUGUUGGUAUUCGACCCGGCCAAACGACUGACGGCACUGGAUUGCCUCGAACAUCCAUACUUCACUGAUGAGCCGCUCAUGUAAGCCCGACAUUAGUAAAACAUGGAAUAAGCCCACCUAUUAUUAUUUUGUUUUUACAUUUAUGUAUGUAGGAGUAAAAUUAUAGUGUUAUUUAUAAAUAACUAGCUACUUCCGCGCGGUUUCACCCGCUCUGCUCGGCUCCUAUUGGUCAUGGCGUGAUGUUUUAUAGCCUAUAGCCUUCCUCGAUAAAUACACUAUUCAACACAAAAAUAAUUAUUCAAUUCUGUCCAGUAGUUCCGGAGAUUAGCGCGUUCAAACAAACUCUUCAGCUUUAUAAUAUUAGUAUAGAUUUACAAAAGUGCUUCUAAAGAAAUAAGCGCUUCGCUUCAAACUUCCUUGUGCGAACUGCUAGGGAGUGGAACUCCUUGCCAGAGUCUGUGUUUCCUGAUGGGUAUAACCUGGGUGUCUUCAAGGCCCGAGUGAAUAGGUUGCUUAUGGGCAGACGUGCUCCAUCGUAGGCCGCAUCAUCACUUACCAUCAGGCGAGAUAG